GUGGAGCUUCACCACCCUCGGCGUGGGCUUCAGACCCUUCGGACCCUUCAAACGCUGGUGGAAGCGAAGCGUGAAGACCUGGCUGGAAGUCUUUGAGGACCUAAAAGAAGAGGAGUUGGUGCUCCUGGCAGGAGCUGCCGUGGAGGCGGAUGCAAAGUUCUUCGUGGCACUGCAGGACUUCAUUCUGUCAUGCGCCACGUUGCGCCUGACGACGCAGCUGGCGCUCAGCACGGCUUUCGCCCUGGCGAAGCUGCCGGCGAAGCUCAGGAAGCCGAUGCAGGCCAAGAUCUCCCAGACGUGUCAGAACUGGCCACAAAUACGUUCCAGAUACGCUCCGCGGGAUUCUCUCCGCCCAAGCUUUGUGCUUUCGGAGCACCCCGACUGCUUCGUCCUAGAGAAGGAGAGCAACUGGGAGUGUUUCGGUGGCCAUGCAGAGAGGCAGCUCUUGCACCUCUUGCAACGUCUCGAUUUUCGGCGGCCCAUCCUGAAUGAUGCCAGCUGCCAAUUCGGCUUUCUGCAUCGCUUGGACAUCCCAAGUUCCGGUCUCCUCCUGCUGGCCACUUCUCAUGAGCGCUACUACGAUCUGCAACUGCAGCUCCGAAGCGGCCAGAUCACUCGUGACUAUGCCGUGCUGUCCCAUGGCUGGCUUCCAACUUCGCGUUGGGAGGUGCGCGCAAGCAUUCACUGGGGCUCAGAUUCGACACGCUCCGUCGCUGGCGGACGCGGCAAACAUUCUGUAACCUUGAUCCUCGACGAAGACGCGCGGAUAUGGGGCUGA